AUGGUUUUGUUUAGUCUCCUACUACAAACCAUCCUUAUCAUAUUUGGUUCUCGACGAAAGACCAUUGCAAGUAGCUGGAUCAGGAUUCUCGUUUGGUCUGCAUAUCUAUCAGCAGACAUGGUGGCAACUGUUGCACUAGGUAAUCUAGCAAGGAGCCAAGGAGAUUCAUCAUGUGACGGUUCAAAGAAAGCAAACAAUUCUAUCCAGGAAUUUUGGGCACCUUUUCUACUCCUGCACCUUGGUGGCCCAGACACAAUCACUGCAUACUCGAUUGAAGAUAACGAGUUGUGGUUAAGGCAAUUACUUGGUCUUGUAUCUCAAGUUGGAGUGGCUUUUUAUGUCUUCUCAAGGUCUUGGGGUAGCCGUAUCCUCACAUUUAUAGCAAUCCCAAUGUUCAUUGUUGGCAUUAUAAAGUACGCAGAAAGGACUUGGGUGCUCAGGUCUUCAAGCUCCGAUGGCUUGAGAAACUCCAUUCUCUCAAAAUUUCGGCCUUUUUAUCCAUUAAGGGAAUCAUCAAAAACUUUUCAACAAGCUCUCAAGGGAAAUUAUCUUCUUCAAGCUUAUACUUUUUUAGAUAUAUCUAUGUUUAUGUUGCAGGAUCUUGUUCCUGGCAUUCCGGCACUAAUGAACAGCCAGUUGCUGAUUUCCAAAAAUUUAGCAGACGAUGCCUUCAAGGUGGUAGAGGUUGAGCUUGGAUUAAUAUAUGAUAUGCUUUAUACUAAAGCACCCUUGGUUUACUCCCUUGUCGGAAUCAUUCUUCGCUCUAUCAGCUUUCUGCUCUCUUCUACUGCGUUUGUUAGCUUCCAUGUCACGGUUGACAGACAUGCAUACUCAACGAUCGACAUUGCAAUUACGUAUUUAUUGUUCGUGGCCGCUGUUUUUCUCGAGUUUUAUGCCUUUUUAUGUCUUGUUCUCUCUGACUGGACAAUGAUUUGGUUGAUUGAUGAUGGAGGGAAUGCCAUAAGUAGUACAAUUUAUUCUUUGAUAAGGAAGUUAACUAGAAGCGAGAGGUGGUCGAGAUCCAUAGCAAAGCAUAACCUGAUCAGCACUUGCUUUGAAAAGAAGCCACACAAAUGUUUGGAAUUGCUGGGAAUCGAUGUAAUGAUGAGGCAGAUGUAUGUGAAUCGAGAAGAUAUGAAUGUCGGGCUCCGACGUUGUAUUUUUGGACACCUUCAAAAGAAAUGUGAGAAGAUUAAGGAAAGUUUUAAUUUGAUUGAUAAAAAUUUCAGAAGUAAAGUAAUUAGUCAGAGAGGAGAUGGUGUUCUAGAAAGAGAGGGACUAUUACUACAGUUCAAGUGGUGCACGACAGAAGUGGAUUUCAGUCGGAGCAUUCUUGUUUGGCAUCUCGCAACAGAUAUUUGUUAUCGUGUUGAAAAAAAUGCAAAUAAUACCUUCUCAGAAUAUGAAACAAGCAGAUAUUUAUCUGAAUACAUGCUGUAUCUUUUGGUGAUGAGACCAAAUAUGCUAUCUAAAGGAACCAGUGAUGAGGGAUAUCUAGAUACUUUGGAAGACUUGCGGGGUCUUAAAUCUCGUGUUAUAAGAGGCAACAAGGCAAUGAGUAAGAAGGAUUUUGCUGAUCAAAUUUUGCUUGAUAACAAAUUCGAUGGUAUUGAUGAUAUGCAGUUUCAAAGACAAUGGAAAAUAGCUAAGUCAGUGUUAAAUGGUGGGGUUUGUCUCACCAAGCAAUUGCGGUCAUUGGAAUUUGAGAAGCGAUGGAAGAUGAUAAGUGAAGUUUGGAUAGAAAUGCUUGCUUAUGCAGCAGCUCAUUGUCCAUGGAAAGAACACGCCCAAGAACUGAGAAGAGGUGGAGAGUUACUCACUCAUGUCUGCUUUCUUAUGCUACAUCUUGGAUUGAGCGAACAGUAUGAAUUCUCGCAAUUUGAUUACUACCAAGUCCAUCAAGCGGAUCUUCAGAUAUUGCCGCUGGAGAUGAACGAACUUAAAACGAUUGUAGUGGAUAAAGAUCGAGAGGUGAAAGAACUUAGAAAGAUCUUAGCAGAAAAGGAUCAAGAGCUUGAGCUGUUGAGAUCUCGUUCAACUGCAUCAACUCCACAACAGGGAAUUGGGGCACUUCCAGGAUGUUCGCCAGCACAAAGUGAUAAUCAAGGGACUGGUCAAACUUCAUCAAAUAAUGAGAUCAGUUUAAGCAUGGAAUAA